AUGGAAGUGGUUCCGGAGCCUUCAGGUGAGCCGGCACCAGCUCAUGGACCCAAGCUGCUGUUGCGAACUGCAGCUGAGGCUUGCCUGCCUGCCUUGCGGGCUCAAGUAGAUGCACAAGAACUACUCCCGCAGCAAGCACUUGGGUCCGUAUCGUUUUGUUGUGAGGUGGUGAACCGCGUUCUGGCCAAUCUGGAAGAUGCGACCGCUUUUGCCAAGUUUCGAAAACUCAAGGUGGCCGCGCUGCGAAAAAAACUGCCUCGCAGGCCUGAUCUCGCAGAAGGGAUUCUUCUCAAGGCCGGCUUCCACGAAGCCGACGACUACUUGGAGUGGGGCCCUGAAAGCCCGGAGGCUCUUGCAGCUUCCCUUGCCGUGCUGUCCCUGGCUGCCAGACUUCAGGACGCUGCGCAGACGACAGCCGGACUGAGAACAUUAUCUCAGACGCUGGACAGCAACAUCAGCUAUGCAGAGGUCUGCAUGCUGAGCCAUGGCUGCCGCCUGCUUGAAGGUCCUUCUGAGGCCGUCCGUGUGGCGGGUUACAUCGCGCCCGGAGCCUCGACUCACACGCCGCCAAGCACCGCAGGCAGCGUGGAAGGCGCAUUGGUGCGGCGAAGCUGGCUCAGUGGCCACUUGCCGGGCCUGCCGUCUGCGCUGGAGGCGCACCCCUCGCUCUUUAAUCCCGGUGUUCGCGAGAAGGCCUUGAAGCGUUCCCUCUCGCGAGCGCUUGGCGAGGCGCGAAACCAAGUGAGCCACAGCCGUCUCGCAGCGGCAGCACCACUUUCGGAGGUUGCCCAAGUGGCGGCUGGCUCAGCGCUGGUGUUCCUUCGGAGGCCCGACUCCCUCUUCCUGGAAGUCCCAGUCCAGGAGGAAGCGCUUGAACCUGACAUGGAACCACCGGCAGCCAAUCCAAGCGACGAGCAGGGCGACAUCUUCGCUGCGCUACCGGCGGCGACAGCCCUGGCCCCGCCACUGGAAGGCGGCACUGCUGGCAACGCCGUCAAGGACGUGCUCCUCCGCUGUCUGCCGGCCUUCCGUCUGGGUGUGACUGCCGAGACCCUGAGCCACAUCCUUCGGCUUUCGGAGGCACCGGCUUUUUUCACGAUGAGCCACAAAGAAAAAGCCUUCGAGGUUUCCGUUCAGUCCAUUGCGGACACGAUUGUUGCAGAAUGGCUCAAGCAGCCUGACAGCCCCUUGCUGCGCGCAUCGUGCAUAGGCUUGGGAUGCGCUAUGGACAUCGAUCACGAUGACAAGGGCAUCGUCAUCGCGAUUAUUGUCGUCUGA